GUGUAAACAUGCUCCUCGAUGGCAAAAUGUUACCUCUUACCAAUCUCCUGUCCAUUUUCAUCAUCUUUAUUCAGAUUAUGGACCAAUAUGCUGCAUCAAUAAAAGAAGAUAUAGAACUGUUUCUUUUAAAUCAUGUGCCAUCGAAGACAUUAAUCCGUGCCAAUAACACCGAGGUACUGGGUUCCUUGAAGAUAGAGGCAGAGGACCUAUCAGAGGAAGAGACAGACAGGUUAAUUUAUUACUUAGUGGGAACAUUCCCACAAUUGAGAGAUUUGGGGGCGUACGACAUCUCGGAAUUGGUCCAUGACACUGUUAAAUUUGUGAUAAAAAGAAGCAAAGAAAGAGGAAAUAUGUCUAUUGAUGAGAAAUCUUCACUGGAUGAUGUUUAUAAUUGGCUGAUUGGGAAUGGUAUCAGCAUUGAGACAAGUUCCAUAUUCAAAGAUAAUGAAGUGGAUGGAUUCAGUUUAAUAAAUAUGAAGGAGAGUGACAUUUUUUUGAUGAUACCUGGAAAAGUUGGACCAGCAAGGAAAAUUUGCACCCUUAUUGAAAAAAUUAGAAGAAAUGAAGAAAAAAGUGAACAAAAUAUUGAGGGAUAUCGCAUUAUAGAAUAUAAGGAGGACUCAGCAGGGUGCAAGACCAUAGAAAUUGAACCUACUACGACACAGUCUGCAAAUGAUGAUCCAACACCUCAGCCAAUAGGAGGCUUACAAAUCUAUGAGGUACCAGUGGCAACAUUACCUGAGAUUGCAAGUGGUGGCCUAGAUCUUGAACAUGUUGAAGUAGAAGGCACCUCAUUUGAAAGCUCAGCUGAAAGCCGUAAACCGUCAAAACCAACAUCCACUGAGUCUUUAGAACAGUAUAUACCAUCAUACUCUCCCGUUGUUAGAUCAUUACUGGAAAAGGAUUAA